AAGCCCCUCCCCUACGUCGACACGUAUUGUUGCUUGCCGAUAAUAAAAGAUGGCGACCGGACCCGCGUAAAUUGGAGACCCCAUAGAGGUCAGUGUCCUGCCUUAUGUUGCCAGUGACAUAGUGUAACAAAUAAACGUGUUGACGAAGGAGGAGCCAUGGCUUUUGAGGAGAUCAAGAAUAAAGGAGGAAUGGAUAUGGGCAUGGAAGGAGACAGAGGCCUUGUUGCUGGUCGUAGCCAAAGAGAGAAAAGGAGGUCGUACAAGGAUCUGUUGAGGGAGGAAGAGGAGAUUGCUGCUCAGGUCAGGAAGUCUUCCAAGAAACGGCCUAAGGAUGCUGAACUGUUCAUGCUUGGAGGUGGAGACUCACACAAAAAGAAGAAGAAACAUAGUGAUGACUAUUAUUACAGAGAUCAUGAUGGUUCAGGUCCACCUCCCCAUAAAAAAAAGCACAAGUCGGCAGACCGCUCCCCGACUCUCUCGUCCCCCUCAUCCUCCCACCCAACAGACACAGCGAUGGGCCUCCUGCAGGCCAUCACCUCCCCUCUGGCCACAGGCUCUGACCCCAGCCCCCACUUACACAAGAAACCCUCCUACCCACCAUUCUCCUCACACUCCUCCAAGGACCGCAAGCGUGAGAGCAGCAGCAGCGGUGGAAGCAAAGGGAGCCACUCCUUCUCUCACUCCCGCCCCGUUUCUUCAUCGUCAUCUUCCUCCAAAAAGCACUCCUCCUCUUCCUCAAAGUCGUCUCUGUUCCACGGUGGAGCUCCAAAAGAGGAACCGUUGACGUUACGUGAGGCCGACGGGCUGAAGAUGAAGCUCAUCAUGUCGCCAGAGAAAGAGGAAGGAGAGAGCUUUCCGUUCACGCCCCACUCAUCCAAAGGAAGUGGAAAGAAAGAGAAGGAUAGAGACAGGAUGCAACAUUCAAAGGUGCCCAAGAAGAAGCAACAGCAGAGUCGAGAUCCGCUGCCUGUAGUGGGGAAAGAGGUGGAGGUGGAAGGUCAUUAUGGAGGUGGCCUGGGAGAUGAUAGCUCCUCAUCUGGAGGUGAACUGGAGGCUGGUGAACUGGUUAUAGACGAUUCAUACACACACCUGUCAAAGAAGAAGAAGAAGAGCAAAAAAAGCAAGAAAAAGAAGGACAAAGAAAAAGACAGAGACAAGGAGAAAAGUGGGAAGGACAAGAAGCACAGCAAAAGCUUCGGAGGACAUUCUGGGGACUCAUCGAGGAGCCACAGCCACUCCCACCCCACUGUCACUCACAGCGCCGUCGGCCCAAUGUACGCCAUGGGCACCCCCGUCCCCCCGCCACACCACCAUCAAGGAAACGAUGGCGUGACAGAGAAGAAGAAGAAGAAAGAGGAGAAAGAUCGUGAGAAGCACGAAAAGGACAAAGACAAGCCCAAGAAGAAGAACACAUCAGCGUAUCAGGUGUUCUGUAAAGAGUACCGGGUCAACAUAAAUGCAGAACAGCCAGGACUGGUGUUUGGUGAACUGAGCAAAAAGUUGGCAGAAGUAUGGAAGGCGAUGCCAGAGAAAGACAAACUGGUGUGGAGGCAGAAAGCUCAGUAUCUGCAGCACAAACAGAACAAAGCUGAAGCCACCACAGUCAAACACAAGAGUGCCACGGAGAGCAAAAGCAAAGUCGUAGGAACAGGAACAGGGAUAGUGUCACCGAACAGAGCGCCCGGCACUUUGUCCCUGUCCCCAGCACGAGUCCCAGAUGUUGAUCCCAUUGAUGCAGCAGCUCACCUCCAGCUGCUGGGAGAGUCCUUGUCCCUGAUUGGACAUCGGCUACAGGAGACGGAGGGGAUGGUGGCGGUGUCCGGCAGCCUGUCUGUACUCCUGGACUCCAUCCUGUGUGCGCUGGGACCGCUGACCUGUCUCACAGCGCAGAUUCCACAGCUAAAUGGAUGUCCUCGAAACGUCCUGUCGAAUACGUUGGACAACAUUGCCUACAUCAUGCCCGGGCUGUGAGGAAACUAGGAGGAUAAUCAGAGUGGAGGGAAGUCAGCAGAUUUGACUGCAGUGGUCCUUUACAGGAGUGACUCUUGGACUUUAAUUUAAGCCACCUGGCAUCUGAAAAUUUAAAUAUUUGUAGUGUCAACAUGUUUUUAAAGUGUAUUUUUUUAAAAACCUUGUUCUCUUAAUUUUCUAAUUGUUAUAUUUUUAAAUGAAACCUUUUACUGAACACGUGGGUCUUUCUCGGCAUGUCAUCUUAGUUUUAUUGUUACUGUACAGUGUGCUGUUGUGUGAAUGAGUGUGUGUGUGUACUGUACUCGGUGUGUGUGUGCGUUUGUUUCGCGGUAAGGUGGGUUUGACUGUUAAUGACACAUGUCUGCGUAUUUGAUUUUUUUACUGAAAUGUACAGGAAGUCAUUCGGUCAUCAUCAUUAACAUAAUAUACAUGACAGCAGCUCAGUUUUUCUUUUACCAUGUAAAAAGUGCUGUCAUGCCUCGCUGUUUUAUACAUUUGAUAUUUUACUGUACAUAAAGCAUUUAGGUUUCGACUGCUCUGUAGAAAAGUGCUAGAAAACACCUUUGGGUGCAACCUUGUUUUAAUCAGGAGCUCUUCAAAAAAAUCACUGUCAGGCAUUUAACAAAAUGGCUACAUUAAAACUGUUUCCAAAUUCA